GGGCAUCGGCUGUGGCUGGCCCCUACUGGACUGUUGAUAACACAUGCAUGCUCUGUACAGUUCUCUAACAGAGACUACGCUACAUGCAGGCUUGCAGUUUUCCUGGAGAGCUCUCUGCCUCUUGCAACGAACUGACUUUGGGAAUGUAGAGGGCCCCUCACCUAAGAUUCUAUCACAGAUGCUUUUGCAUGAUAAAUGUCAACAGCUCCCCUGACUUCAGGAAAUGAGGCUCCCCCAAACCCUUCCGCUCACCCUUCUCUUCCUGAGCUGCCUGGAAGGCACUACCGGCAGGAAGAGCAAAGAGAGCAGCGAAAAAGUGAAGCCUGCUUCCUCCCCAUGGGCACAGUCCGGACAGUUCUCCACCCGUGACAAACACCUGUGCAGUUGGCAGGUGAUCUCUGGCGAAGAAGCCACCGAACUCCUGCUCAGCUGCCACCAGCCUGGAGAGGAUGGUGGGAAGAGGCAGCAAUGCGUCUACCGGGGCCAGCCAGAGCUAUGCGCUGCCUACAGCUCCAAAGGCCGCCAGUUCUGGAAGCAGAUCCUGGGCAAACUCCGCAAGAAGCAGCACCCAUGCCAGGACAGCAGCUCGCUCAAAUCCCGGCUUUGCAGUAGCAAGAAGGGGACUUCUGAAGCGCAGCUACACCUGGUGCCCACCGCUCCCGGCACUGACGCCCCGGGGGCCUCUGAGGGGACUGCUAAAGGUAGAUCCAGGGGAAAGGCCGUGCCAAGGAUGCGCCAGCCUCGCAAGAAGCCACCUCAGGUGCCCAGGAACAGGGCGAUCAGCAGCCCAGCCAAGGCGGAGGCCCCAGUCAAGCGAAACAAAGAGGGGAAGAGGAAAGGAAGCCUUGGCUCCUCAGCGGCCCCAACCCAGCCCCCCAGCAGGCAACCUACAUCGGUCACAGGAGGCACUGAGCAGCCCACAGAGCUCAAUGCAGGCGUGGUCGAGGCCUACUGCGAAGAGAAGUGGCAUUCGCUAUGUAACUUCUUUGUGAAUUUCUGGAACGGCUGAACCUUGAGAAUUGGGAGAAGGGUGGGGCACAGGGUGGGGGGAGGGUUAAAGGCAAGGGGGGAUAAAGGCAGAGUGUACAGCAGACAGCCUAGGUAGAGAUAGUGUUGGAAGGAAUGAAGGCAAAUGUGGUGUUUUGGGACGAGGGCAAAAUGGAGGCAGGGGUGAAUAGGGUCAAGUGGGAUGGGAUGUUUUUGAGCGCCAACAGAGCGUGGGUGAAGAUUUGGGGCUGUGAGGAAGGGGAGGCAGGAUGCGGCGGUUGUGCUUUUAUGGGAUGUAUAACUUACUCAUUCCUACUAAUCCUGCAGCAGCUGCUAACCAAGAGGCGAGGGUGUGCACUAGAAAAAGGUAGGUUAAGUUGAAAGACAUAUUGUUCCUUCCAUGCUAGAUGUGCUCCAGCUGUUAAGUAAACUGUCCUGUUGCUCCAGGCAGUUUCUUCCCUACCCACAAUCAAGUAGCUAAUUCUCAGUUUGCCAUGUCUAAAAAUAAU